UACAUAGUAAACAACACAAAGGGGAAGGGGCCGGGCCGACGGGGCCGAGAAGUAUACAUCAAAAAUCUGGUGCUGAUCUCCAGCAAGGGUCUCCUUUUUGGAGAUCAUGAUGACCGCAAUCAAACAAGAGGCGGUGACUGAAGACUAUGAGAGCCAGUUCUACCCUCAGUAUGAAGGACACAGCACCAGCCUAUCAACAACAUCAUCCUUUUUCAGUCCGGAGCUGUCAGCCUCACAGGUCAAGGUUGAAGCGGAGGAAGACGACACAUCACAGUCGUCCAGCGGCGUUCCUCCCCCACCCGUGAAGGAGCCCAAGAAGAGAGGGAGGCCAAAGAAAGUCAGGGAUGACAGUGGGUGCUCGCCAGACGGAGAAAAGAAGACGCCAGAGAAAAAAAUGAAACAAGACACAGCAACGGAUUCUCUGGGAGUGAAAAAGAAAAGGGACCGUUUCAAUGGCAUGCCGGAGGAAGAAGUACUGCAGAGACUGCUGCCAGACCGACUGGCUCACAACCUGGAUAUUAUAAUUAUUGGCAUUAACCCUGGUUUGUUUGCAGCCUACGUCGGCCAUCAUUAUGCUGGGCCUGGGAAUCACUUCUGGAAAUGUCUUUAUCUAUCUGGUCUGAUCCCGGAACCCAUGAACGCUUAUGAUGACUUCAAGCUUCUGGAUUUUGGCAUUGGGUUCACCAAUAUAUGUGCCAGGACGACAAGGGGGAGCUCUGAUCUGAAAAGGGUGGAAAUCAAAGAAGGAGCAGAAAUUCUAAAGAGAAAAAUAUUGGAAUACAAGCCGAAGAUAGCAGUGUUCAACGGAAAAGGCAUCUACGAAGUGUUCAGCGGAAACAAAAAUUUUCACAUUGGCAAACAGCCGGACAAACUAGAAAGGAGCGACACAGUGUUUUACGUGAUGCCGUCGUCCAGUGCCAGGUGUGCCCAGCUGCCCAGAGCCCUGGACAAAGUGCCAUUUUACCUGGGCCUCAAGAAGCUCCGGGACUACCUCCGGGGGGACCUGGCCACCCUGGACGAGUCGGAGGUCGUGUUUCCGACGGGCGCCCUGGAACAGAAACCCAAGGCCGAGGUGAAGGACGAGGGGAAGGAGCUUGACGAGGACGAGGGGUCGCGCUCCAGCCUGGUGUGCUCCAAAGACCUGACCCUGGAGCAGAUCCAGAUGCAGGCGGAAUACCAGGAGGCGCUCAUCGCCAGCGCCGAGGGCAUGGACUUCCCGGAGGACGUCUGGUCCCAGGGACAGUCCAGCUUCGGCCGCAGGAAAAGUGGCGUGAAAAACGGAGACAUUGACUAUCAGCUUCCCGGUUCCUUCUCGCCGUUUGACUCUGCCUUCCAGUCGUCGGCUGUGGGACAGGCUCUGAGCAAGUCGGCACAGUCGGCGCAGUCGGCGAAAGAGCUCGGCUCGGCCGGAAGUAUGGGGGUCACCAUCAAACAAGAAUUUCCUUUCAACGCCGACGAGUACGAGAGCGUGGCGGUGAAGGGACCUACUGCUCAAAAAGUCAACCUGGAUGCCAGCAUCCCUGAUCCAUAUCAGUGCCAUAUAUCCUCGUCCCCACAGUACAUCAGUCUCGGGGAGCUGCCAUCCCGAUCCAAAUCUGCUAAAAAGAACGACAGCAACAAGGAGAAGAGUGGCGGCGGUGGUGGGAGGAUUGCUGCGUCGUCACCGUCGUCAAACGGCCAGUGUAGCAGCAGCAGCAGCAGCAGCAGCUCGGGCAAAGGCUCAAUGUUUCAGCAUUCACACCUGUCUCAACAGCAUUCGUUUACCAAGAUUCUCCAGUCACCCUUCUCACACCCAGACGCAGGCCUGCUCAAUUUAAAGCAGCCUAAAAUUAGUGAUAAAGGUGUUCGCAAUCUCUUAGCAUAAACAGAAUUUAACAUUGUACACAGCAAUGUAUUAUGGACUAGGCCGCGACUGACGUUCAUCUGAAUGUGACCAAAUUUAUUUAACCUUAAUUUUUAUGGUUACCUACUCGUUGCAAAGUUGAUAUGUCAUACAGUUUACUGACAGAAAUGGAAGCAAAUGCUUCAGAAUGUUCCAAUGGCUGAUUUAUUUCAUGACGAUUGUGGUCAUUUAAUGGGGUGACUAAGGUUUGUUUUUCUUGACCGAGUUGGAAAGUGUGACUACCAGAAGUUAUCACCUGGUGCAAAAUUUGACUUCUUUUUCUUUGUUUUAUCAAAUUGUUACGAGUUUCAUUCUUUUUUUGUAUUUGAAAGGAUAAAAGAGUCUAAAUGACGAAUUUUAAAAAUCAAACGGCAGAGUUGUGAAACCACGAUUUAGUGGAGGAAAUUACCUUGAGGCAACUACAUUUUGGGGAUAUUUCUUUGUAUUUGACCUAGUUGAUCGACUAAUUGUGAAGUGUGCGGACAAAAUGAGUUACCUCUUUUUGGAUUUUAGUCUUACGGAAAUUGAUGCAUCAACGUAAUAGACGGAGUUUGUACAAUUUGUAAGUAUGGAAUAAUAAAAGGCACGGUAGACUUGAAGAAAAUAGCAUCAGUUGAAAAUCUAGAAAUCUGACUCAGUGUCGAUUUUCAGGCAAUAUCUCCGUUCUUGGAUCGCGAGAAGUAACUCAUUUUGUCAGCACCCCUCACAAUUACUUCCUGAAUGCCACAAAGUUGGUUUUUUUUCAGAAUCAUGAAGUUUGAAAAAGCUUCUGAAUAAGUAAGUCACUACUACCAACUCGCCCAGCCCCCCCCCCCCCCCACCCCCACCCCUCCCAAUUAAAAGAAAGACACAGACCUCAAACUGCGCACGUGCUAGUCUUUAUUGUUUUUGUGUUAGCAGGGUAAAUCUUUUAGGUAAAUCUUCUCUCCUUACAUUGGCUCAAAAUGUAUGAGGAUAUGAUGAGAGAUUUUGAUAGACUUUAAUCUUUGUGUAAGACUCAAGACUUAAAGAAUUUGUCUGCUUUUUGUUUUGUUUUCUGACAUGUGUAAUAGUGCGGAGUUUGCCUCUUGACUUUAGAGAUGUCUGUUUGCAUUUGGGGGUCAUUUAUAAGUUGUUGCCCACCGAGGGAUGAUAUCUCUUUUAGGUCUUACAAGUCGAAACCAGCCUUUGUGGUGUAACAGUUAGGCUCAUCGCCACCGCACGUGGAUCAUGUGAGAUUGAGUCCUAUGUGGGGAGGUUGUUUUUAUUAUUUUUUUGUUUGUUGAGUACCUCUGUCUGUUUGCUGGGAGUUUGCAUCCCUCUUAGCCCAGGCUGUCUGGCUCCUAAAUGAUUUGAACUGUGCUGUGGGGGUGUGUGAAACAUUUGCAGAUACAAUUACUAAUUUUCAACAUGAUAGAUUGUGCCAAAGGUCCCUGGGGACUGAAUUUAAAAAAUGGACACGUCAGCGUUGUGCUCGCAUGAGGUAUUGUUCCGUCGUUUUUACAUUUUUCGUGGUGGUUGUGUCGUCUCAUUCUGGUCGAGAGGAAGUGAUAAAAAGCGUACAAUUUUUGUUGAUCUAGUCUUCUCCUCUUGUAUUUAUACAGAUAGGAACUAUGGUGCAUGUCGGUAUCAUUGAAAUUUCCAUGUAUUAACAUGCUUGGUGUCAUUUUCAUGUUCCCAGUAGCCCUGACUCUCUCCCCUCCCCCCUCCCCACCCCCUUCCCCUUUCCUCCCUUUUCCUUCCCUCUUGUGCAUCUUUCCUUCCUUUAUACGUGUAGUUUUUUUCUCUGCUCUGCACAAGGUUUGUCCAAGCUUCUGUGAAGUCACAAAGUUACGUAUAUUUUCCUUACCCGUCUACGGUGCUUCAUUCCUCAGAAUCAGAAGUACUCUGUGGAACAGUUUCAUGCCAUGCACUGUAACUUAAAACUGAAAUUAAAAAAAGACUACCAAGGUUCUAAAGUCGAGUCGUGAGGAACACAAUUGUUUUAUAAAGUCAACCAUUUUCUUCUUGUUACUUGAUUGAGAUCAGUAUUAAUUUAUUACCACAUGUGAUCUGCAUGCACAUAGGGGAAACGUGCUACUGUAUUUAUGAUAUAAAACAUGUUCUCAACUGGUGCAGUUUCAUUUACUAAAUAAUUUAUUAUUUAUUGUUUUCUCAAUUUGGCAUCACAGAGUACCUCGUUAUAUACGUUUAGUUGAUGCAGUAAAUCAUUUUUGUACUAACUGGCUAAUCAGUGAUAGAUCAGUGAUGGUGCUGAUGCGUACUAAAGUUGAAACAUCUCAGAAGUAUAAUUUUAUAUCUUGCUUACGGGUUGCUUUGUACUAAGAAUCCCCCCCCCCCCCUCCCUCAGAUGAAUGUGCAGUUCAAUGCAACGGAUGGGCUGUGACCGUUUUUUUUUGUCUCCGAGAUCUCACCCUGAUAACAAUGUAACCUCAAGCCAUAUGUAUCUAUUAUGCUUUUAUGAAACAAAAUGAUAUGAUAUGGACUGGACACAUUUUUUAAAGAAGUUUAUUGGAUUUUCAAGUGACUAUGUACAGUAUACUUGACACUUGCUCUAUUCCACUUCUCUGUACGUCUUCCCACCUGCUUGCUCAUCUCCUUAUCUCUCUCUCUCUCUCUCUCUCUCUCUCUCUCUCUCGUUCUCUCUCUCAUCUCUGCUUCCUCUGUUCGUCUUCCUUUAACUCUCCAGUUGUCGCUAACAAAUAGCUUGUGAAUUUGGGAGGAAAUUAUAUGAUUUCACAGGAUUGUGUAGAAAAAUGCUUGAGAAUAGACGAACCAAGCAAGAAAAGGCCAUAAACAUAUACUUUUUCAGAAAGCAAAAGGUAAAAAAGGAAGUAGAACUAGUUUAUUAAGGAGCUGAAAUAAUGUGAAAUUGGAAAAUCUAGAUAAA